AUGUCAAAGGCCGUCGCCAACCAGCCACAGAGAAACCACAAUCGAGGUCGAUCAGAGGUCGCGGAGGCUCCAGCCCAGCAACCUGACCGGUCGCUUCGGGUUCCUCAAAGCCGCGCCUCCGUCAAAAUGUCCGUCAUGCUGCAAACUCCAUCCAGAGCCUCGUCAGCCUCCUCAUCCUCCUUUCAGCCCAUAUCUCGCCAGAACACCAUGUCCUCCUACGAUGGAUCGCGGUCCACCCGCCAGUCCAAGCGGUAUUCCAUGUCGGCAUUGUACAUGUCAAUGUCGGCAAACGAGACCGACUUGGAAAUAGAAGAUGAUCUUGCCAAAGCGCAAAAAGUACUCCGCGAUCUCAAAUCAAAGAUCUCAUCACAAUCCAAAAAGAAUUUCGUUCUAGAAAAGGAUGUCCGGUAUCUCGACGGCAGGAUUGCCCUCCUGAUCCAAAAUCGCAUGGCACUGGAAGAACAACACGAGACCGCAAGCUAUUUGGAAGAUGCCGCCGACCUACAAGAAGGAGCCUUCCCCAACGACGACAGGACACAGAAGUACGGCAAUUUGAUGUUCUUACUGCAGUCCGAGCCGAGGCACAUUGCCCACCUUUGUCGCCUGGUCUCGAUGCAAGAGAUCGAUUCACUACUUCAGACCGUUAUGUUUACCAUUUAUGGUAACCAAUACGAGAGUCGCGAGGAGCACCUUCUUCUUACCAUGUUCCAGUCCGUUUUGACCUACAACUUCGAAAACACGCCGGAGUACUCGUCUCUCCUCCGCGCAAACACCCCUGUGUCGCGAAUGAUGACGACAUACACGCGGCGAGGUCCUGGCCAGAGCUUCCUCAAGUCCGUACUUGCCGAUAAGAUUAACAGUUUGAUCGAGCUAAGGGACCUCGACCUGGAGAUCAACCCGUUAAAGGUCUACGAGCGGAUGAUUGAGCAGAUUGAAGAGGAUACAGGAAGCGUGCCUCCUUCAUUGCCGAGGGGAGUCACAGCCGAACAGGCUGCUGCAAACCAACAAGUCCAAGAGAUCAUCGAGCCCAGGUUAGCCAUGCUUACCGACAUCGCCAACGGCUUCCUCAGCACGAUUAUAGACGGACUGGAAGAGGCACCAUACGGUAUAAGGUGGAUCUGCAAGCAGAUUCGAAGCCUUACAAAGAGGAAGUAUCCUGAUGCUAAUGACCAGGUUAUAUGUACUCUCAUCGGCGGUUUCUUCUUCCUUCGCUUCAUCAACCCUGCUAUCGUAACACCAAAGUCGUACAUGCUCAUCGAUGGGCAGCCAGCCGACAAGCCACGAAGGACCUUGACACUCAUAGCAAAGAUGCUACAGAAUCUCGCAAACAAGCCGUCGUAUGCCAAAGAGCCAUACAUGGCUGGGCUUCAGCCUUUUGUACAAAUGAACAAGAGCAGAGUCAACAAGUUCAUGCUUGAUCUUUGCGAGGUUGGGGACUUCUACGAGAGCCUGGAGAUGGACAACUACGUGGCGUUAUCAAAGAAGGAUCUCGAGCUGUCCAUUACGCUAAACGAGAUUUACGCUAUGCACGGUCUGCUGGAGAAGCAUGCACAUGAGCUUUGCCGGGACGAGAACUCGCAUCUCGCUCUGCUCAUGGGGGAACUCGGCCAAGCACCGCAGCAAGUCCCUCGUAAAGAAAACAGAGUUAUGAACCUCCCCCUAUACAGCCGUUGGGAGACGGCUAUCGACAACCUGACAGCCGCUCUGGAUAUCACACAAGAAGAGGUCUUCUUCAUGGAGGCGAAAUCUAUCUUUGUCCAGAUCAUGCGCUCCAUACCGCAAAAUACAGCCGUGGCGCGUCGUCCACUGCGACUGGAGAGGAUUGCAGAUGCGGCAGCCACAUCCAAGAACGAUGCGGUCAUGGUCCGCAAAGGAAUCAGAGCAAUGGAGUUGCUCAGCCAGUUGCAGGAACUAAAGGUGACCGAUAAGUCGGACGGUUUCAGUUUGUUGCGCGACGAAAUCGAGCAGGAGCUGCAACAUCUAGGCUCGCUCAAGGAGGGCGUUAUCGCCGAGACACAGAAGCUGGAGGAGGUUUACAAGACGAUUCGCGACCACAAUGCGUACCUCGUGGGUCAGCUGGAGACGUAUAAGAGCUAUCUGCACAAUGUGCGCAGCCAAAGCGAGGGCACGCGCCGCAAAGCCCAGAAGCAGCAGGUGCUGGGCCCGUACAAGUUUACACACCAGCAACUGGAGAAGGAGGGCGUCAUCCAAAAGAGCAAUGUUCCGGAUAACAGGCGGGCAAACAUUUAUUUCAACUUUACGAGCCCUCUACCCGGAACAUUUGUCAUUUCGCUACAUUAUAAGGGACGCACGCGAGGACUCCUCGAGUUGGACUUGAAACUGGACGAUUUGCUCGAAAUGCAAAAGGACGGCCAGGACGAUUUGGACCUGGAGUACGUUCAGUUCAACGUCACCAAGGUUCUCGCACUGCUAAACAAGCGGUUUGCGCGGAAGAAGGGCUGGUAG